CCGUUUUCCUGCCAAGAAGGGAGGACAAGGUGUUUCAAUUUUCUUGCCAUUCUGAGAAUACACGCACAUAUUGUAUAUAUAUUUAUAUAUAUAGAUAGAUAUUAAGAUGGGUACAGAACAAACCGAAGUGGGCGAUGGUUCUUCUUCUCCAUCACCUAAGAAAGAUAAAAAGAAACAAAAGAUUAAUCAAGACAAUGAUUCAGAUCCAUCAAGAAAGUCUUCCGAUUCAGAUUCAAAUCCUCCGGCUCCGACAGAUUCUCCGGCUCCGACAGAUUCUCCGGAUUCGGAUUCUACGGCUUCGAAAGAUUCUCCGAAUUCGAAAGAUUCUCUGGAUUCGGAUUCGAAAGAUUCUCCGGCUUCGAAAGAUUCUCCGGAUUCGAAAAAUUUUCCGACUUCGACAGAUUCUUCGGAUUCGAAAUAUUUUCCGACUUCGACAGAUUCUUCGGAUUCGGAUUCUCCGGCUUCAAAAGAUUCUCCGACUUCGAAAGAUUCUCCGGAUUCGAAAGAUUCUCCGGGUUCAGAUUCUGCGGAUUCGGAUUCUCCAGAGAGUCGUUCGUCUAAGUCACCACCGUCACCGUCACCGUCACCGUCACCGCCACCUUCAACGUCACCGUCAGCGUCACCGCCACCGUCAACGUCAUCGUCACCGUCACCGUCACCGCCACCGUCAACGUCACCGCCACCGUCACCGUCACCGUCACCGCCACCUCCGUCCAAAACUUCAUCACAACCAAAACCGUCAUCUGAAGAUUCAAAUCCAUCAUCACAACCACAGUCAUCUAAAGAUUCAAGUUCACCUCCGCCACUUCCAUCGUUACCGUCGCCUCCACAGCCCUCGUCAUCGCUAUCGCCAUCGCCAUCGCCAUCGCCAUCGCCAUCGCCAUCUUCACCACCACCACGUUUCCAGCAACCACCUUCGCGCCAAUAUUCACCGCCACCACCUCCGCGUCCGCGUUCCCCGCCACCCCCUUUGCCCCAACCAUCCCCGGCACCUUCCCCGCUACCACCUGGGUCACCGCCAUCAAAUCGACAGGCAGAGCAAAAUGAGAAUUCUUCCUCGACACCACCAUCAACACAGUUCCAUGCUCCACCUCCCCUUUCCUGGCAAAAUUGGCGUGAUGCAUCCAUCACUGAUUCAAAAGCGGGAACUUCUAGGAAAUCAAAUUCAACAAGAUCAACCCCCCCGACCAAUGAGGACGUUAAUUCCCAAACAAACUCAACGGUUUCUUCUGUCGCCCCCUCUUCCGGGGAUCAUUCAGAAAAAUAUGUUGCCUAUACAGUAGCGGGACUUUUAGCUCUUGCCUUGGUUGCUGUAGCUAUAGCUAUUGCUUUCGCGUUUAGGAGGAGGAAAUCAAGAGAUGAUUCUGAUGGUGCACCCUACAUGACACCCCUUGAUAUUCGAGUCAAAACAGGUGCUAAUGGGCAUUACUAUGUACAGCAGCCUUCCUUUGCAAACAACUAUGCAAAUGGGAAUGCCAAACUCAAGCGUUUUGGAUCUUCUUUAGACUCGGCUCAGCCCGCAAAUGGUCCCAUGAUUUUCACCUAUGACAUGGUUAUGGAAAUAACAAACGCAUUUUCUAGUAAAAAUGUUAUAGGAGAAGGAGGCUUUGGAUUUGUUUACAAGGGUUAUCUGCCAGAUGGAAAAGUAGUUGCAGUAAAGCAGCUUAAGGCUGGCAGUGGGCAGGGAGAAAGGGAAUUCAAGGCUGAAGUCGAUAUCAUUAGCCGAGUACAUCAUCGAUAUUUGGUGUCAUUAGUUGGUUAUUGCGUCUCCGAACAGCAAAGAAUUCUUAUCUAUCAAUAUGUCCCUAAUGGAACACUCCAUCAUCACUUGCAUGGAAGUGGAAUGCCAGUGUUGGAUUGGGUCAAAAGGCUAAAGAUUGCAAUAGCGCUGCUAAGGGCCUCGCAUAUCUUCACGAGGACUGUAAGCAGCCAAAAGAUAAUUCACCGAGAUAUUAAGUCAGAAAACAUACUCUUGAAUGAUGCUUUUGAGGCAAAGGUUGCAGACUUUGGACUUGCUAGGCUAGCUGAUGCUGCCAAUAGCCACGUAUCAACUAGGGUUAUGGGGACCUUUGGGUACAUGGCUCCAGAAUAUGCAACAAGUGGAAAAUUAACGGACAGAUCAGAUGUUUACUCAUUUGGGGUUGUCCUCCUUGAGCUUGUUACAGGAAAGAAACCCAUUGAUCAAACUCGGCCGAUUGGAGAUGAGAAUUUGGUUGAGUGGGCUCGUCCACUUCUCCUUCGUGCAAUGGAGACACGAAAUUUCAGUGAAAUAGUAGAUCCAAGACUCGAAAAACACUUUGUGGAGAGUGAAAUGUCCAGAAUGGUUGAGGCAGCUGCAGCUUGUGUUCGCCACUCAGCUCCUAAACGGCCUCGUAUGUUUCAGGUGGUAAGAGCCUUGGAUACUGGAGACGAAAAAUGUGAUCUUUCUAAUGGAGUGAAAUAUGGUCAGAGCACAGUUUAUGAUUCUGGCCAAUAUGAUAGAGAUAUAUUGGUAUACAGAAGAAUGGCAAAUGGCACAUUUUUUGAUUCUGAUUUUAAUACGUAUAGUAGAGAAUGUAGUCUUUCAAAACAGACCUCGGGAGGAUCCGAACAAAAUUUGAUGCGGCUUAGUUCUAGUGGCGAGUCAGAAACUAGAGCUAUCAACUGGAAUAUGAGCAGUACUGAAUUUAAACGGUGAUUGAGGACAGUACACAUAGCAGUGCAGUGCUGAAUAGUGAGCACAGACAUGGUGGAGUUAGAGGCUGCAGCUUUUAACUCAAUUCAUUACCAAAUUCUUCUAAGGGAACAUCACAUUGCAUGAUCAUCAUACCACAAGCUGUGAACGUUUCAGGUUUUACAUGAAUUUGAACUUUGGCCUGUUUCCAAUCCUGUAUAUAUAGAAGCUUCACUAAACCCUUUUCUCUCUAAUUUUUGUUCUAUUUUGUUUCCCCUUUUUUAAUACGGGGGAUGUUGGCGGCUUGUAAAAAGAUAAGGAUGUUGGCAGCUUGUAAAAAAGAUAAGUUUGUUAAAGUCAUCUUUUUAAUAAUAAUUAUCAGUAGAUGUUUCUUAUUCA